UCUGAGAGCGCGAGAGCGGCUGAAUGAGGUGGUGUGGAUGUAGAAGUGUGUGUGUGUGUGUGUGUGUGUGUGUGUGUUUCAUAUCUUUAACGUAAAAGAUUUUAGCGUUUCGUCUCGUCGGGAUGGAAUAUUAAAAAAAAGCAACCGUUCAUCGUCCGCACGUGACUACAAUGAAUCUUUAAAGAGUCACGUUUAUCGUUAAUGAAGAGAUGAAGACCGAGUGAUGGGAGAGAUCUUUCCUUAGGACGUGAAUCUGCGUCAGAGAGCACGCGCGCGCUCUUUCCGUUAAAUAGAAAAAGAAACGGCUCUCCCGUAUCGCGUUGGGGGGAAAAAAAGAUGACAGAAAAUGGCGAGAAGGAGAACGAACCGCAUCACCGGGACCUACAACGCUCACCGGGUUCCGGUACGAUCCGGCCCGAGUCCAAGCUCCAGAAACUGAAGCGCUCACUGUCAUUCAAGUCAAUGAUGCGGAGCAAAAGUGUCGAGAACUUCUUCCAGCGGUCAAAUAUUGAGACCCUGCCCCCUGACAGUAUCAUCACUAUUGAGGCUCCACCCUCCAUCAUUGAGUCUCCCUUUUGUGACUGUCCUUUGACCCUUGACAGGUCCCCAUCCAUAAGUCCAAACCUGUCUCUCUCUUCACGUUCACCUUCAUCAAGCCCAUCCCUGUCAGUUAACUCAAAUACUCCUCCUCCUCAGCCACGCCCGCAGAAAACACACUGUUUCUUGGAAUAUGUGUUUCGCCGGCCCACUGUCUGCCAGCAAUGCAAGCAAAUGAUAACAGGGAACUCAAAGCAGGGUCUGCGCUGCAAGACAUGUAAACUAGCAGCACAUCUGUGGUGCUCAUCUGAACUUUCACAGCAGGUGUGCAAUGGAAAGUCAGGGACGUUCAAGCGGAACUUCAGCUCUCCAUUGCUCACUAACGAGCUGUUUACAGUCAUUAAGGAAGCCCCGCCCACUCAAGAACAGGGAAAAGGCACAGUGGACCCCGUAUAUGAAGCCUUGCGAUACGGAACAUCUCUCGCGCAAAUGAGCCGAUCGACAUUCAAUAGCAUCUCAGAGUCGCCAUGUCUUCAGAGUGAAGAAGGACAGGAGAAGUUGGACAGUGAAGCUGUUGCUGUAGAAGAGAGCGUUCCUGAAUCUGAGGUGUGUUUGGCUGAGAGUGAGAAGAGUGUGACAGAGGACAAGAUCAGUUUACAGCCUCCCAGGCGUAUUGAGCUUCGCGCCAUUCACACCUAUGUGGUGUUGUACAAGUUCCUGCCUCAGGAGAAAAACGACCUUGAGCUUCAGCCGGGUGAUCGUGUUCAGGUAAUCGACGACUCAAACGAGGACUGGUGGAAGGGGAAGAGUCAAGACAAAGUCGGAUUUUUCCCUGCUAACUUUGUGCAGCGGGUGCGUCCUGGAGAACGAGUAUGGAAGGUCACUCAGGGUUUCCAUGGCAACCGCGAGAAAGGUCAAAUGACUGUAAAAGAGUUACAGAUCUGCGUUGGGAAAUCGGAGGAAACAGAUGGAUUUUUCAAGCUGACCAGCGGUAAGAAGAGAGGACUCGUACCUUCAAAGUGUGUAGUGGAGAUAUGAACAACCUCCUCGCCAUACAGACACACAACAACGGCAGGGACACACUCUCACACACCAGCAAGCACCCUGGAAUGGAAGUGCACUUGCUUCGCUCACUUCAUUUCACACGGCUUUGAGAAUGAGACAUAAAGGAAGCCAUCUGACUGGCCGAUUCUGACCUCUGACCUCAGACACACAUGACCAGUGGAACAGUUUUGGUUUGGAUGAUGGCACUGUAACUGUCUGGUGUGUGUGCGUGUGUUUGUGUGUGUGUGUGAGUAUGUUCACUCAAACAUUACAGUAGCAAACAGGAUCUGUGUCAAAUCAUGUGUGUCAGUGAACAUCACUGAGAGACAGGAACAGAUGCAGUGCAGGAAAAAAGAGACACAUGAAGUGAUUUUGCAUUUACCUGUCCCAUCAUGCACCACUGAAUGAAAUGGGAGGGGAUUGUAGGAGACCCGUCAUGGAGAACACUGGCUAAACAUAAAAAGCUGUAAAAGGUGUUGGCUGGCUAAGGGAAUGUUAUUGAAUUAGUUUAGUUAAACCUUAGUUAAAGAUGUCCCACGUUAUACUGAACAGUCUCUAAUACCUGUGUGUUUAUUACUGAGUUUAUACACACUGUUCCACAUUUCUGCACAAUCAUAUGAACCACCUUUAUACACUUAAAAAAAGUGAACGCUUCCUGUGUGUUAGAGAUGUAACUGACUAUGUUAUUCGGAUUGAAUAGACGAUAUGCUCUAAAGCGAUACCUUGAGUCUUCACUUCUAGGUACGGUCAUGACUGGAGGAUGUAGCUGAGGUUGAGGAACUGUGAGAGCCUGUCACACCAUGCUGAUACUGCUGAUAUUUAUACAGGAGGUUUCAGGUGUUUUCCAGUGUUUCCUGGGGGCAAAGUGAUUGGAUUCAUAUUUAAUUGAAAAAAAAAUGAAUUUAGGUUUAGGCCAUGCCCACUUUCAAUUUUAAAUCUAAAUGCAGAUAUUUGGAUCACUAAACAGACACAGACACAGAUAGUGUCAUCGUGUUACACCCCUACCGUUUAGUCACAAUGUGUACUUACCCCAGACAAACCAGAGCUUGAUUCAUGUGUAUUUACGUGUGAUGCAUAAAUCUUGAGGUGUAACAUUACAGUUCCAUGUGUAGUUUAUUAGAGAUAUAAAGCUCUUGAUAUAAAACUAAACAAAAUAAUCUGCUGUCAUUCUACAACAAUCACCAUCACCAUCACUGCUGUUAACGUAUUAACUUCGUCUGUUUACAUUUAAUAAACCCACUUUAUGUAUGUUUUUCUACAUGACUACAUGUAGUAUUUCAGUAUUAGAUCACAGUGUGAGAUUUGAGACACAUCGUGUUAUUAAAUGAAUAAAAUAAAAUUAAAUUCUUUUUAC